UGAGCAGUUUAGGUUGCACAACACCCUAUAUCCAACAAUUAAAAAAGAUAUUGUCAUAUUAGAGAGAGAGAGAGAGAGAGAGUGUUGAUGAAAAUGGCGAAGUUAAUGUUUUUGUUAUUGGUUUGUGUCAUGAGUUUGAACGCAGCAAGUGCCCAAAGUGCAAGCAACGUUAGAGCCACGUACCAUAUCUACAACCCAGAGAAGAUUAACUGGGACUUGAAAGCGGCAAGUGCUUAUUGCUCCACUUGGGAUGCUAACAAGCCUUUGGAAUGGCGUCGCAAGUUUGGAUGGACUGCGUUUUGCGGACCUGUUGGGCCUCGUGGACAAGCUUCUUGUGGCAAGUGCUUAACGGUGACAAAUGUGAGGACAGGGACACAGGCGAAGGUGAGAAUUGUGGAUCAGUGCAGCAAUGGAGGCCUGGAUUUGGAACAGGGUGUGUUUAAACGACUGGACACUGAUGGACAAGGCUAUGCCCAAGGACACCUUAGGGUCAACUACCAGUUUGUCAACUGUGGCGAUUAAAUCUCAUGUAAUAAUAAUCCUAAUUUUAAGAAAUAAAACCCUAGGCUAUAUAUAUAUAUAGGUAGGGAAGCUGCUCCUUCGGUAACAUUUGUUAUCGAUUCUCCAUCAUGCGUGCAUGGUAUACUUAUUUAUGAAAUAAGAAAUAAUUGGUACGAAUAUAGAAAUUGUCUAUCUUGUUUGUUUGUUUGUU